AUAAUGCUGGAAUCAUGAUUAGGUUGUGGCGGUGCUGCUACCUGUCGUCUCUCUCAAUUAAACUAUUCCCAAUAAACAUCACAAUUUCCUCAUGCUUUUUUCCAUUUUCUAUACAUAUAUCUUCACCACCACCAUCAUCUCCCCCAAUCACUUUCCUUUCUUCAAACCACAUCAACACCAUUCAUUCACCUUAGCUUUAUUUUUCUCAGAUCGGAGCAAAGAUGGCUUCUUCGGGAAAAGUCGAUUCCGCCAAGUUUCACGGCGGCAGGUCCAACUUCUCGCAGACCUGCAACCUUCUCAGCCAGUAUUUGAAGAAGAAUGGCGCAUUCGGUGACCUAGACCUUAAUUUCACCCCAAAGGUAAAUUCUGUUUCCGAUUUCGCUAGAUUUAUCCCCUUUUCUCUCUCCCUAGCCUCUAAUUGUGAAAUAAUUUAUUAUUUGAUUCAAAUAGGAUCUGUCAAUCAAUCGCCUAAAAUUGAGCAACCAGAAAAGGAAGUAGAGCAGAUGACGAUAUUUUACGCUGGUCAAGUGAUUGUGCUCAACGAUAUCCCGGCGGUGAAGGCCAAGGAGAUCAUCAAUUUAGCCACCGCCGUUUCACCGAUUCAGAAACCCCAGCUCCCGGCUCUUGGCUCUGAUUUACCAAUUGCGAGGAAGAAUUCACUAGCUCGGUUUUUGGAGAAGAGGAAGGAUAGGAUCACUGCAGCCGCGCCGCACCAAGCGAGCAAACCGGCGGUGAAGGAGGAGCCGUGGCUGGAAGUGGGCUCUCAGAUUCCGCGCCAAUAGGGUUUCAGAUUCCUCAAAUUUCCGUUGGUUUUGUUGUACUUGUAUUGUAUGAUUGUAGAUCUGAUAGAUGAGAUCCCACUUACUAAACAUUAUGGUUAUGGAUUCAGAACAAAAAAGGUCUGAUCUAUACGUAUGUAUGAUGAUUGAUAGUUUGUUUUCAUC